CGACUGACCGCUGCCGCCAAGAACUAUGCCAGGCACAUGCUGGCAGCCACGUGGGGGUACUUCCAGCCCCUGCCUGUGCCCUGCCAAGAGGCACCCCCACCGGACGACCGCAGGGCCCCCAGCCGGCAGGGCACCCCCAUGCAGGGGCUGGACACCUCCAGCGAGUCCUCUACCCGUGACUUCCCCGAAAUACAGCGUCUGCGCUCGCUGUGCGGCAGUGCCCAGGGCCACCUGCCAUACGAGUCCUUCUGGGCCCCUGGCCCCCCUGAGGGGCCCCAAUCGGAUGACAACAGCUACACCGCAGACAUGGACACUGUGCCCAGUGAGGACAGCUCUGGCAGGUGGCCCUUGGGACGGGGCCACUGGCUGUUAAACCUGCCGUGCAGCGAGUGCGAGGGGUUUUGCUUUGCAUUCAGGUCAACCUGUGAGCACCACCUGCUGCCCUUCUACGGGGACAUCUUUGUGGCAUACAAGCCUGGAGACAGCAGGCUGAAACUGAGCCAUGAUCAGAUCGAGGAUCUGGUGAACGUUUUCACCCUCAGGCUGCAGGUCCAGGAGAGGAUUACCCACCAGGUCGCGGAUGCCCUCACAGGGUUAGUGGGCCCAGCGGGUGUGCUGGUGGUGUGCCAGGCGGCGCACAGCUGCAUGCUAGCCAGGGGGGCGGAGUGCCACUCGGGGACCACGGUGACCACGGCCAUGAGGGGGAGAGUGGGGCGGGUGAUGGCGGAGGCGGCGCAGAGGGCACUGCGGGAAAGGGCGAUGUUGCAGACAUGCGGCGCCACCCCGGUGCCCCUUGCGGGGCUCGAGCCAUGA